AGUUAAAUAACUAUUGCAGAAAAGCCGCCGCAGUUGAUGCUGUUAUACGUCAUCAAAGUGCGCCGCGAGGAAGUGGCAGAUGUCUCUUCGAAACAUCACAUCAAGUUACGACCUACAGUUCGUCUCGUACAGCUGAAAAGCGGCUGCUGGGAUGCCGAAGAAGUUCCAGGGCGAGAACUCCAAGGCGGCCACAGCCAGAGCCCGCAAGGCUGAGGCCAAGGCAGUGGCAGAUGCUCGCAAGAAGCAGGAAGAGGAUGAUGCGUUGUGGCAGGAAACAGACAAACAUGUACUCAAAAAAGAACAGCGGAAGGACGACAAGGAGAAAAAGAGGUUGGAGGUCUUGGAGAGGAAAAAGGAAUCCCAGCGACUAUUGGAUGAGGAGAAUGCCAGGAUAAAAGGCAAAGCUCAGAAGGAGGGAGGAAGUGGUGGAAAGGUGACCCGGGCCCAGAUAGAGGAGGCUAUUCACAGUGUCCCACCGCCUCAGCAGCUCAAGCCAAAAGACAAGAGUCAUCUGGAGAUUCCACUUGUGGAAAACGUAAAUAGAAUUAUUCUGGAGGAAGGAACGGUGGAAGCUAGAACAGUAGAAGAUGCCAUUGCUGUGCUAAGCAUUGCUCCUGAAGACCUAGAUCGCCACCCGGAACGCCGGAUGAAAGCGGCUUUCACGGCGUACGAGGAGGCCAACAUGCCUCGUUUGAAGAUGGAAAACCCCAACAUGCGAUUGUCUCAGUUAAAGCAGCUGCUGAAAAAGGAGUGGAUGAAAUCUCCAGAGAAUCCCCUGAAUCAAAAGUUUGCUGCUUACAACUCAAAGUGAAGGCACUGACUGUCCUCUAUUCCCUGACAGUGUUAAACUCCAAUCGGAAACUCUUAUGCAUCUUGGAGACUUUUAGUGCAAACUCAUCAUUCAUCCCAAAUUGAGUGUUGCCCAACAGAAUGUUAUUUUGUUCGUUUUCAUACUUCAGCCCUUUUCACACUGCUUUCCGUUCAGAAUUCAUCUAAGACAAACAUUCUUGACAAUUGGUCCAGCUCCCCUCAUUCAUAUCUCCCCUCAUUCAUAUAAUUUAUGCCCAUGUCUGGUGUGACAUGUACCGUACUCAUGUCAAACAGCUCCAUUUACUUCCAGGCAACAGGAUAGGGAAAAUGAGUCGGAUGUCCCACUCUGUUCCGAACUUCACACUAAUGUCCUUAAGUGUCGUGUGCCUCUUUUACACUUACGAAGCUGUAAAAUUUGCUGGUAAAUUUCAAUAUCCUGAUUUGUUAAAGGUGAGAAAUGGGCAAUUUAGAUGGACACUUUGAUUAGUGUGAAAGGUACUUGGACAAAAAAUUGUUCAUCACCAAAAUGUUAAAGACUAAUAACGUAACAUGACAUUCUAAUGACUUUGUUUUAACAGGUUGAAUUUCACAUGAACACUAAAGUUGACGUGAAGCAACUAGUAAACAUCAUUUCUUCAUGCAGUGUGCCCGUUAGGACAAAAGUUAUUUUUUUGUUACUCUGUGAUUCCUAUUAACAGAAGAAUUUUCAGUUCUUGCCAGCAACUUUUUUUUUUCAAUUUUCAAUCAUCUGUUUUUGAUGUUGACCCUUUAUGCUAACUGCACACUAGGGUGCCUGAAUGGAGCAUCCUUCAUAACCAAUAGAUUGUGUGGCCAUUGGUGUGCUGCGAUUUUUAAGUUUUCAUUUUCCCUGAUAUUAAAAUGGAUGAUGACAUCUGAAUUGA